GCUCGUCCUCAGGCCAAUACGACAGAAAGUAUAUUAUUCAUAACUGCUUUGGUGACAUUUGUCACAGGCUUUCUCACAGGGGUAAAAUUGUUAACGACAGGUGUCCUAGCAUUAUGUCAGAAACUGUGAAAUAUGUUGAUGAUGAACACAAAACUAUCUUCCUGAAGAUACUGAAUGAGCAGAGGUUGGAAGGGGAACACUGUGAUAUUGCAGUGGUGGUUGAAGAUGUUAAAUUCAGGGCACACCGUUGUGUGUUAGCAGCUUGCAGUAAUUACUUCAAAAAGCUGUUCAAGAAGCAUGAAGUUGAUAACUCUUCUGUGAUAGAGAUUGAUUUCAUCCGGUCAGACAUCUUUGAAGAAGUUCUGAACUACAUGUACACAGCUAAGAUUUCUGUUAAGAAAAAGGAUGUCAAUUUGAUGAUGUCUUCUGGGCAAAUUCUCGGAAUUCGGUUUUUGGACAAGCUCUGCUCACAAAAACGUGACUUGUCCCCCCCAGAGGAUAAGAGUGACCAUAGGAAUUCCAAGUUUUCUUACGACAUUGUCAAAAUUGGUAUGCCGCCUGAGGAAUCUCAGGAGAAUCAGGACAAUGAUGUACAGGUGCUUGGGGACCAGGAUGACUCCCCUUCAGAUGACAUUGUUGAGGAUCCUCAGGCAAAUCAGGAUCUGGAUAAAUCCCCCAACAGCACACUAAGAGUGCAGGAAGCCAUUCUUAAAGAGCUCGCCAGCCAGGAAGUUCACAAGGUGAGCUGCUACGACCAAGACGUGGAAGCCAUGGAAACCGAGCCUAAAGACUUGGCUGGCCACACUGCACAGACACUUUCUUUUGCUGACAGCAUGAAUGAGGUCAAGGAUGAGCAGCCACCUGGGUGGACAGCAGCAAGUGACAUGAAGUUUGAGUAUCUGUUGUAUGGACAUCGGGAACAGCUCGCUUGCCAGGUAUGUGGCAAAACCUUCAUUGACGAAAACCGCUUGAGAAAACAUGAAAAGCUACAUUCAGCAGACCGGCCUUUCAUCUGUGAGAUAUGCACCAAGGCCUUCACCACCCAGGCCCACCUCAAGGAGCAUUUGAAAAUCCACACGGGCUUCAAGCCCUACCGCUGUGAAGUGUGCGGCAAGUCCUUCAUCAGGGCGCCAGAUCUGAAGAAGCACGAGAGGGUCCACAGCAACGAGAGGCCCUUUGGCUGCCAAAUGUGUGAAAAGGCCUUCAAGCACAAAUCACACUUGAAGGACCAUGAGCGCAGGCACCGGGGGGAGAAGCCCUUCGUCUGCGGCUCCUGCACGAAGGCCUUUGCCAAAGCCUCGGACCUGAAGAGACACGAGAACAACAUGCACAGUGAAAGGAAGCAGCUCUCAGCCAGCUCCCUGCAGAGUGAGACGGAGCAGCUGCAGGCUGCAGCCAUGGCCGCUGAAGCCGAACAGCAACUGGAAUCUAUAGCGUGCUCAUAG